AUGACAACAUUCAGCAAGUCACUGCUCUCUUCUGUGAAUGCUUCCUUGGAAUAUAAUGCAACCGAGAAUAUAAUGCAUUAUAACGACAUCAUCAAUAAUACACACAUUGAUAAUACAUUCCCAGAAAUUACCAAUUAUUCUUAUAUAAUAAGCACCAUCUUGUUUCUCAUCUGCCUUCCUGGACUUGUAGGGAAUGGAAUUGUCAUUUGGCUUCUUGGCUUCCGUAUUAAAAGGACUCCCUUCACCACAUACGUUUUGAACCUUGCCAUUGCAGAUUUUGCUGUGCUCAACAAUCAAAUUAUAGUAGAUAUAAUUUAUCUUAACCUUCUUUCAGUUUACUUCAAUAACUUCAACUAUGAGAUAUUUAUGUUUUCAUUCACUACUAGUCAGUACCUCAUGACAAUCAUCAGCAUUGACAGAUGUGUGUGCCUCUUCUUCCCGCUUUGGUAUCGAUGUCACCGGCCACCACAUUUAUCCACCUGUGUGUGUGUCAUUGUAUGGAUCUUCAGCCUCUUAAUUACUGCUAUAAAUCUUUCCACUGGAUAUGGUAUCAUAACAUACUUACGGUUUGUCUUGAAUGCUGUGGUUUGCAUGCCCAUCAUGUGUGUGUCCACUACAGCCAUUUUUAUUAAAUUCAGAUUAAGACCAGCACAAAAGAAGGGGAAACUGUUAAGAACCAUUUGGCUUACACUUUUCUUCUUCCUCCUUUUGGCUUUUCCAUUAAAUAUAAUUCAGGUCCUUUGUCUAUUUCAUCAUCCAACUGAGUAUUCACAUGAAUAUGGCUACCUGUGUGUCUUCUUAAACAGUGCCAUUAACCCCAUGAUCUAUUAUUUGGUGGGAAGAGAUAAAAGAGGGAGAUCCAGCAAGCAAAUCAAGAAAGUGUUUGAGAGACUUUUCAAGGAAGAGGAAGACUGUCGAGAGAAUCAGGAAAUCUGA